AUGAAUACCUCCCAAGCUCGAAAUUCUGCUAAAACUGAUCAAAAAACCCCUUUUUUUGAGAAAGAAGAAGAUAGCGACUCUGAAGAGUCUAAAGCAUUAACAAUUAAGCACAGUAUCCGUUAUGAGGAAACCGGCCUAUUUCCUGACCCCAAGUAUAUGUUCAACCUCAUGGCAAGAGGACUUACCACUCCUGAAAAGUUCGUUGCAUGGUGGAACGAAACCCAUCCAGAUUGCCAAAUCACUGUUGAUUCAAUUAUGCGAUGGUCUUAUUGCGAAGAUGAAGAUCCUGCAAAUUAUAGCAUCCAUUGGGAAGAGUAUGGAGAUUAG